ACGUGUACUCAAGUACAGGAGUAUGGUGAAAACUGUAUAAAGUUGCCAUUCACGGCACCAUCUUAGGUACAAAGGUACCUAGGUACAAAAUAGAAACAUAAAGAAAUAAGGCAAAAGUACAGCAAUUCCAUAAAUGAACAACUAUUAAUCUCAUCAAACGUCCUGUUUAAGGGAUAUGUUAAAAUACUGUCCAGGAAAGGAAACAAGUAUCCUUAGAAUAUUAAAUGUUUAGAGGAACAUUCAAUAGAGAAUACUGACAGGUAUCUAGAGACAAUAACAGGGAAGAUGAGGUGUGGUAAUAAUGAACUAGGACUCUGAAGAAGUGCGAAUUGUUGGCUUCAGUAUGUCAUACGUCCCCCAAAACUGGUCCCAAUGACUCAGGAAUGUAAAAACCUCCCUUCUGCACCAUCUGUACAUUCACACAUUUGUCUGUCAUUUGGUAUAUUCUCAUGCAGCAGUUUGCUAACUUGACAGGGAAAGAUAACCAGGAUGUUUCCUUAAUAUGGAAAAACAAGUUAUGCAAAUGAUUGGAAGAGAUAGAUUGCAUUGAAAGAAAAAAUUAAGAUAUGAGCUGAAGUCAAGCUAAGACAAUGCAAAUAAGUCUAAAUUAGCUUUACAUUGCAUGUUUGCAAGGGCACAAGCCAUAAUAAGCAAGGUUCGUGAGCUGUAGGCUCAGGUACUCACAUGUGACAUAUUGGUGAUAAAUAGACUUGGCUCAAAAAAGGUAGCAGUGCAAGGCAUCCAGCAAAUGUAGGAAAGGAAGAGGAGAAGGGUGUUAGUUAAAGAGAAUAUUAACGUGCUGGAGAGAUUGUACUUGUACGAGGUACUGGUUUUGAGAGCUAAUGUUUAAGUUGCAUGAGUUCCACCCAAUCUAAUGUUAUUACAAAGUCUUUGAGUAGAGAAAGUUAGUUUUGCACAAAUUCCCAAAGAAGUCAGAUGUGACAUACCUAGUUUCUGAUUAUUGUAAUUAUUGCCUAAUCUUAUCAGGACUAUAGAGAACAGAAGUCUUUCCUCCACUACUGAUAAAUACGCAGGCCCUUAUACUCAAUAAGAAAGGAAGAUUGGUGCAGUGAACUACCCCAACCACAGGCCAUCAGAUGGUUAACAUAUAAAAGAUAUGACAUGAAUAAUCAUACAAAAGAGAAACUCUUGAGAAAUGUUUCGACCUAAAGUUACUCUAAAAGAUCGGCAGCACCUUUACCGACUCAUUAUUGGCCAGCUGCUAUAUGAUGGAUACAUGAACAUUGCAUCAAACCUGAUCAAUGAGAUCAAGCCACCAUCAGUUUGCUCUCCCUCCGAGCAAUUAUUGCAUCUUGCAAAGCUUGGGAUGGAAAAUGACGACAACACUGUUCAGUAUGCUAUUGGACGGUCAGACACUGUGGCUCCUGGUACAGGCAUUGACAUGGAAUUUGAUGCUGAUGUUCAGACUAUGUCCCCAGAGGCCGCUGAGUAUGAGACAUGCUAUGUAACAUCACACAAAGGGCCAUGCCGUGUUGCCACCUAUAGCCGGGAUGGACAGCUGAUUGCUACAGGGUCUGCUGAUGCAUCUAUCAAGAUUCUGGAUACAGAGAGGAUGUUAGCAAAGAGUGCCAUGCCCAUUGAGGUGAUGAUGAAUGAGACAGCACAACAGAAUAUGGAAAACCAUCCUGUAAUUCGCACGCUGUAUGAUCACGUAGAUGAGGUUACCUGCCUUGCUUUCCAUCCCACAGAACAGAUACUGGCAUCAGGUUCAAAAGACUACACACUGAAACUUUUUGACUAUUCCAAGCCUUCUGCCAAAAGAGCAUUCAAGUACCUUCAGGAAGCAGAAAUGCUCCGCUCCAUCUCCUUUCACCCUUCCGGAGACUACAUUCUAGUGGGAACACAGCACCCCACUCUGCGAUUGUAUGAUGUCAAUACCUUCCAGUGUUUUGUGUCAAGCAAUCCCCGUGAUCAGCACACAGAUGCUGUCUGUGCUGUGAGCUACAAUCCCAGUGCCAACAUGUACGUGACAUGCAGCAAAGAUGGCAACAUUAAGCUGUGGGAUGGGGUAUCAAAUCGCUGCAUCACAACCUAUGAAAAAGCACAUGAUGGUGCAGAGGUGUGCUCCAUUAUGUUCUCACGAAAUUCGAAGUAUGUUUUGUCAAGUGGAAAGGAUUCUAUUGUGAAACUGUGGGAAAUAUCAACUGGCCGUACAAUGGUUAAAUACACAGGAGCGGGAUUGAGUGGCAGACAGACACAUCGCACCCAGGCUGUCUUUAACCAUACUGAAGAUUAUGUGCUUCUCCCUGAUGAAAGAACAAUAAGUCUUUGCUGCUGGGACUCGCGUACGGCUGAACGCAAGAACCUCCUGUCUCUUGGACACAACAAUAUUGUUCGUUGUAUUGUGCACUCUCCUACCAAUCCUGGUUUCAUGACCUGCAGUGAUGACUAUAGGGCCAGGUUCUGGUAUAGAAGAUCCAGCACUGAUUGAUUCGUGCACCUAAAGUAUGAGAAGGUGGGGGCAAGAAUCCUGGUACAGAGAAGAAGAUGGGAAGCAUUGUAGAAAAUGAAGUUCUUCCAUCUAGCUCUGUACGCUCCCUUUUUGUCAUUUCCCAAACUUUUGGCCUGAGGGGGUAACUGAAUUAAUUCUGAAGUAUUGGUUUGCCAUCUGCUAAAGCAGUACUUGGUUUGUAUGAAGGUUCCCAGCUUGUUGACCUUCACUUAUUUGUAAUUGUUUGUAAUCCAUCUGCUUUUGUUCAUCUAUAUUCCUGGACUAUGAAGAUAUAAAUAUUUUGUCAUAUGGGAAACUUCAGCAUUGUUUUGUGUGUUUUCAAACGUUGUCCCACAAUUGCAAUUCAAAAAAAUUAUCCUUGCUUUCUACAGUCAUGGAUGCACUUAAAGCCAUUUUAGUCUCCUAAGUCAAACAUAUGUCUCCAUCAUUUAGAAGGGGCUUUAAAAUAGGGGCUGGUAUUGCUAAAGAUCAUCAAUUAUAACUUCCAGUCCUUUCAUUUCAUAUUUUUGACUAAAGCUGAACUUUUGUAUUUCUGAUGACCGAUAUCAUUGCGAUAACCUUUGUAAUUGACUUACUGUCAAUGGAUUCUUAUUCCAAAAGGGUCAAACAAUCAACUCCAGCAUCUACCCUGUCUACAUAAGCCAUAAGAUGAAUGUUGAUAGACUAUUCAUUCAGGGGCAUCUUAGCAGAAAUAAAAUUCUGUUCUCAUCCUGUAUCUGUUUUCUGCUGUUGUGUUGUAGCAUGAAACCUCUGGAACGACUGGCAUGUUACAUAGCUAUAACUUGGAUAAAUGCUUCUCUGCAGGUCCUAAUUGCUGCGAGCCUAAUGCACAAAAGUGCCUCCAGUUCAGUGCAGCGUUUAUUUCAGUUCAAGUAUCUGGUAAGUUGACCAGCGUGACAUUUGGAGAAAUGUCACAGGGGUACAGAAUAUGAGGUCCUUUUUAUUUUCUGAUAUGAGUCAAGUUUGUUCAAUUGUGAUAGGAGCAUUGUGCUUAACAUAAGAAAGAAGAUACUUGGGUAGGGUUCUCCAUCCUGAUUCUGUCUGGUGACCAUUACUGGAAAGUUACAAAUGGUGAGGAUAAGGUAGUACCACAUUUGAUACAUGUCCCUUCUAAUGUGGUGAAAUACAGUUGUAACAUUCAUUGUGAGAUCUUGCUUAAUUUAAUGACAAGGUUUACGAGACCAAAGAGUCUGUAUGGAACUUUACAUCAUAGUGUUGAAUUUGCCUGAGCUGAAGAGCAAAUUAGUGAAGGAAAAUAGUAUUUGUUCUGUAUUACAUUACACCUUUUAAUUACUUAAACAAUAAAUAGUUUAAAGGUGAAUGUUGACUCUACACUUGCUGUCAGUUAAUGACCAGUGUUACUUGUUCAGUCAGUAUUUAUGUGCAAUAUCUACACUCCCAUUUAGUUAUCUAUUAUUUUGAGAUGUUUUAAAUCAGUUAAUCUUGUAGUCUAGAAUAGGUAUUGCUUUCAUUUUAACUAAGUCUUACAUUAUUGGUGAUCUACAAUAUCAUUGAAUCCUGUCCAUUUUUCUUUUUUUUGGGUAACGCAUUAGUCAUAUAAAGAAAUUACUAAUAGUUAUGUUGUUGCUAGUUUACUGGUAGUAAAUAAAAAUUGGAACUGCUAUGCA